UGCUUGCUCUCGAGAAAGGAAGAACCCCCGCCGGCGACCGUAGAAUGCUCACUCGCUCGCGCUCGCGCUUCUCAGUCGUCGUCACCGCUCCGCCGGGCACACCGGUUCGCCCAUGUGCCAUGCCGUAAGACGCCUGCCAGCGAGAACUGCCGAACACAGCCUGGUCGUCGUCGCGACGCGGCUGUGGCCGAUGACGUGACCGCGGAUCGCGAAGAGAGAGUCGAGUGGGAAGUGAGAACCAUCGUUUCUCACCUGAAGAGGAACAAGCCGUGGGCCACCCACAGGACGAAAGCGCGCGCGAGAGAGCUAGGACUUCGUUUUUAUUUUGUGAACGGUGAUUCGUGUGGGUGGCGAAAUCGACGUUCGACCGCAAGGACGACAUGUGUGCGCGAGGUGCGUCCGGCGGCUCCGUUCGACAGCUUUCGUUGUGCCUGCCUGUGCGAAUCGGACGCCGUGGUUCGGUGCUCGCCUUGGCUGUCACGCUGUGCGCGGUAGUGUUGCUGUGCGCGUUCGAGCCGGCGGCGGCUAGUGCAGUGCCCAGGACACACGUUCGGAGGCAAGCUUCCGACGAAAGAGAAGUGUUCCUGCUUACCACCAACUCGCCACACGUUCCGAUUGGUUCAAGCCUCUCGAAUCCCCAGCCAAAAAGGGUCAGAUGCUAUUACUUCAAGACGCGGCCGGUGCGUACCUACUGCCACGUCCUGGGCCUGACGGGCGUCGUCACGGCGCAAGCGGCCCAGAACGAAUGCCGGGCCAUAUCCAUGGACAUCAUCAGCAUGAAUACCACGCCCAUGCACCGGCUCUGCACUCUGAUGAAGCUCUUCGGUCUCGAGGAGCACAAGCUCUGGCUAGCCGACGUAUUGAACCAGUCUGGACCUCUAACAUGGGACGAGUGCAACAUUGAAGUGCUAGCCGCAAAUGUAACAAAGGCGCCUUCGAAUUGCACCAUCUGCAACAUAGCAGUCGUUUGUGAUGCUGGGUUCUACCAUGCGAGUGGAUCGAAUUGCGUCGUCGUAGAACACGACAGUGAUGACGUGGAAUAUUGCUAUUACGACGAGAAGGCAACCGCUUUGGAGAGUCGUGACCACUGCCUGUCGCAGUCAUCGCAGUCGUUGCUUAUGAAUGUGCGGCUGCUGAACGAGACACAGCUGGACUACUUAAGGCGUGUGGUGCGCACCGAUUUGGAGUUCUGGGUUGACCUGAAAGAGGAAGACGUGAGAGAGUUGAGCGGCGUGGUUUCUUUCAACGCUGACAGCAUCGACUGGGGCUCGUCAUGCUUCACGGUGUGGUUUGGCCGUGACGUACCGUGGUUCUUCAAGCGAAACUGUGACGAGUUAUACCCAGUGGUAUGUGAAGACAGCACCAAAACUUGGAGUCUCAGAGAACAUGGCUUGGCUAAUGAUUGUAUCUACCACAGGUCAGGGUCCUGGAUGUUUGACUACUGUGUUCCGGAAGGCCGUACCUUUAACAUGGCCGCUGGCUCCCGGUUCUGCAGUAACCACUCCAUGUCUUUGUUGAAAGGAAGAACGCUCCACGAACUCUUCUUUGUCUACACACGCAUUGACAACCAGCCUAGGGAUGCGCUUGAAAAGUUCCUCAUAUGGGAAGCAGGCAGCACGCUCAGCAGGAAACACGAGAUGAAGACAUGCCCCGCUGUCAACUUUUUAGCAUCUCCGCUUGCAACGCUUCCACGAAACUGCUCUGAAAAAUUGGGAUAUAUCUGUAGGCGGCCGAAGCAGCCGGAGACUCAUCGCUUCAACUGCGAAAAUGUGAGCAGGACUCAAACGACCCGGCCUCCAACGUGCGAAAAUCAUUCUAAAUUGCCCUACGAAGAAAGCGUCAAGGCGUGCAACGCAGUCGGUAUGAACCUGCUGCCAGAGGGUUUGGACAUAAACACUUACGAAAACCUACUGAUGGCCUACGGAAAUAGCAGGCGCCACUCUGAGGCAGCUGUGUACUGGCUUAGUUCUGUGAAAAGUGACAGCAACCACUGCAUGGCACUCGUUCACAACUAUACCACCUUUAUAGUCGAUGGAAUAAACUGUUCCACGAAGCUACGUUCACUCUGUGUCUUUGCCAACAUUAUAACACUCCCGCCGAUUGUCGAAACUACGUCUAUUGCCGAAGCUGUUGUCACUGCUCCUGCCACUACCAAACCUAUUAGUAGCGGUUCUCCUGUUCCUGGACCCAGAACUAACUGUCCAUCAAUAGAUGAUUGGCCAUCCACCGAGAGGGGAUCAACAGCCCGUAAGCCUUGCUGCGCAGACUGCUUAAGAGAUAUCACGAGAAAGUGUGAAGAAAAUGGCCAAUGGUCGGCGUACAUAAACAAAACUAGCUGCUUGUCAAAGGAAGUUGAAGGAGCAGCCAAGAAACUCAAUAACAGCGCGAACAUCACUGAAGUGACCCAGAUUUUUCAGGAGCUAAACGGAAAGGUCAGAAAUCCUGGAGACAUCAAAGCCAUAUCUUCCUAUUUUGAAACAGUUCUACAAAGUUUCGACAGUUACCUGGCGAACUUAAGCGAGAGUGAACGGGUCAGUGAGACACAGCAGCUGGCCACAACUGUUGUUGAUCUUGCCAGUCAUGCCAUGCAAAACAAACAUGUUUGGAGCAACAUAUCGAAGGAGGAGCGGCUCGACACUGCGGCCAGCCUUAUCAACAGAGUUGAAGAUAUUGUCAUCAAGAUGAUCGGAUUCCAUGCUCCACUCUUAACUGAAACAACGCUCGGAAGCGGAAAUAUCACUAUCAAGGUAAAGGCGGUGACCGACCACGUCUUGGAAGCCGGCACCAAUCUUAGCGCCCCCACUGGCGCGACUGUACAGUUGUUUCCUGGCUUCUUGACAACCGGAACAAAAAAUGCUAACAUCAUAUUUUCUGAAAACACUCUCGUGAAAAAUAUGUUUGGCAGCACAUCGGCAAAAGGGUCAGCCGACUCUCCAAUCCUGGCAACGUCUUUCGUCACUGCUUCUGUGGUGAUGGACGGCAAGCGGACUUCGCAUAUAAACGGCAAAGUGAUGCUUUCCUUCACGCUCGAAAGUAUUGGAAAUGACCUGACUCCAAAAUGCUCAUUUAUUGAAUCUGAUGCUAACGGCAGGAGCAAAUGGAGCACAGGUGGUUGCGAAGUGGCAGCCAUCACAAAUGAGAAAAUUGUAUGCUCAUGCAAUCAUCUGACUGUAUUCGCCGUUCUCAUGAAUCCUGCAGACAACUUCAGCUGCACCGACAUCGACGCACUAAAAUGGAUCACAAAGAUUGGAUGUGGCAUCUCUAUUGUUUGCCUCGUUACCUGCAUUGUUAUAUUCACCGUGUACAGGCAACUAAAGGGUAUCAGGAAUACCAUCCAUCGAAACUUAUGCUUAUCGCUUUUGUUCGCUGAAAUCCUUCUCUUGGCUGGAAUGGAGCGACGCAUGGAGAAACAACCUGCGCACAAUGGAACUGAGUUCCAUUCCAAUGAAUAUAGGUCGGAAUCUAUGAUGAGCGACUUGUCGGCUUUGUCGGCUUCAGGAAAGGUCCAAAUGAACAAUGACAGCCAAAACUCGCCGGAUGUAUCCUGCGCCAUCGUGGCCUUCUUCCUUCACUUCCUCUUCUUGUCGGUCUUCGGGUGGAUGGCAUUGGAAGGCUGCCACAUCAUCGUGCUCCUCUGGAAAGUGUUCAACCAGAAGCGCACGUACUACGAGAGGUACUACUUCGCCGGAUACGGAAUUCCUCUUUUGAUCGCAGGCAUCACUCUUGGUUGUCGAUACGAGCUGUACGUUUACAGAAAACCAAGUGAUCAGUUCUGCUGGCUUCCUGAAGAAAAAGGCGUACGGUACAGUUUUAUCGGCCCCGUUGCAGCAGUUGUACUUCUCAAUUUGGGCGCACUUGUACUGGUGCUUUGGAAAAUGUCUCACGUGCGCUGCGUAGUGGAGAAGACGACGGCAGAAAAAGUUCAGAACUGGGUGAGAGGAACCUUCAUCCUGCUGCCCAUACUGGGCAUGACCUGGCUCUUCGGCUUCCUCAUGCUUGGGGAUAAUAAACUCCAUACGGUUGGAGCAUAUUUAUUCACAAUCUUCAAUUCCCUUCAGGGACUGGGAAUAUUUAUUUGCCACGUCUUCAUGAGUAAGAAAACAAGAGAAGCUAUAUUCAGGAGCCUUAUUUCCACGGGAAGCCUGGUGAAAGGAUCGAUGUCGUCGCGGCCAUCAGGUUCAGGAUCCUCGUCUACCAAGACCACUUGGUACCCAAUCUCCUUAUCAUCGAACUCUACUUCCCACUCCUCGUCCUCCUCUAAGGACAUCCCAACAAACGAUGCCGAACAACCCUCGCAGUCGUUCAACACUGAAGCUACGUCGUGGACGCCCCUCCAGUGGUUGCCCGGAACCCGCUUCAGGUACAACCUGCGGCUGAAUGAGCCUGGCGCCAGGCCGCUGCGAAGCAGAGUCCGCUUCGACGGAGGGGACCAAUGCGGCCAGCCUACCCUCGCCAAGUUCCAAUUGGCCAGAAGCAUCGUUGUGUGACGGACACCGCGCGAAACCCGCAUGCACCUGGGGCACCUGUUCCUGCGGCGUUGACUGGCAUAGCGGCUGCAACCUUUAUGUGACACAUUUUGCUUACAUACGGAAUUUCACAGAAAGCUUGCGCGAAUCUUGCAUCACAGCGUUUCCGAAUGCAGUGUUCACUGCAAAUCUUCGGCAUGAACAUCACGGGGUUCAUCAUGAACGUUAAUUCUUUCACCCUAAGCACGUACGCUAAGUUGUCACGUAAUUCAAAAGUAUGUCAGCGUGUUGAUUAUGCAACCAAUAUGCGGCUAGCUCUAUAGCGCUGUAACGCAACAAUAUAUUGCACUGCUCUGUCUACUCGCUGGCUUGUCGUGGACUAAAGCUGCAGUUUACUUGUUGUAAGAAGUGCAAAGGUAGUGUAUGUGCACGGCAUGCCCUUGACGAAUCAAGCUAUCAACAAGUUUAAGAACGAGUCCUAAAUGGGUAUGAAUAUUUGGCCGAAAAGAAGAUCUGGUCGGACGCCGUUGAGAGCAGUCUUCUCACGGCCUUCCGCACGCAGGCAGACGUGCGAAAAGCUGCACGUCCGCCCGUUUUGGUUUGCACAGUGUGGACGGAAGGCCAUGCGGAUGGAACGUAAGUCGGCCCUAACAAACAGCUUUGCAGAAUUCCAGAAGAGGGUUGUAGC